AUACAAACGGGGUCUUUCCGUAGAAAGCUGUGGCAACCGUCGCGUAUCGGGGUCUCGAAAGUUGGAGAUCCUAUAGUGGCUGGUCGUCCUUCACUUGUCAAUGUCCUAUCAAGCCAAAAUUGCAUCUCUCAACCUCCAGUAUGGCCUCAUCUCUAUUUGAUAUCAAUGAUAUAGCGGGGCUUGAUCGUGUAGGUUAUUUGUUUGGACAUCCCAUCUCCCACUCUCUAUCACCAAUAUUCCAUCGCACGAUAUUCGAUGCACUGGAUUUGAAAUGGUCACAGAAGUAUUUGGAGUCGCUGGAUAUGCAGCAAUUCCUGAAGCUAACAAGAGAACCCCUUUUUUUUGGAGCUUCGGUCACAAUGCCCCAUAAAUUAGCAAUCCUUCCACACCUUGACGAGCUUACACCUGAAGCUCGCGAUGUAGGCGCGUGUAAUACACUGUUCGUUCGCGAACGAAAUGGCAAACGUAUCUAUCUUGGCACGAACACCGAUGUCGUUGGCAUUAAGCUUGCGUUUUACGAGAAUGUUUCUUCGCCGGAUGAUACUUUUCACAAUCGUCCCGGCCUGGUCGUUGGGGGCGGAGGAGCGGCUAGAAGUGCUGUCUAUGCACUACGAAAAUUUAUGCAAACGACCGACAUAUACAUCGUCAACAGGGAUAAGAGCGAAGUUGAUGCUGUUAUACAGUGGUGCACUGAGCGAGGCUAUGGUGAGAAUUUAGUGCAUGUCGACACAGUCGAACGGGCCCAUACUCUGAAAGGCCCAGGCGCUAUCGUCUCAUGUGUGCCAGACUUUCCGCCAAAGACGCGGGAGGAGAAAACAGCGCGGAAGGUUAUUGAGCUGAUGCUGGAGAAAGAACAUAAGGGUGCCAUCUUAGAGAUGUGCUACCAUCCAAAGCCUUGGACUGAAAUUGCAGGCAUUGCAGAUAAAGAGGGAUGGCAAGUCAUACUUGGGACUGAAGCCAUGAUCUGGCAAGGACUAGAACAGUCCAGGUACUGGAGAGAGGAGGAUGUUCCCGUCUCAGUGAUAGACAAAGUCAAAGGAGUCAUAGCCACUGAGCUCAACGGGAUGAGGAAGUACGGUUUGGCGCCUUCGAGUACGAAGACACCAGCAACUGUUGUGACGGCGAAUAUUUCCACACACGAGGAAAUAACACCUGUAGUCGAAUCAUCUGUAAAUAUCGCGAAGGCUUGAGGCCAGUUCGGAACUAGAUGGCUUGCCAAUUGCCAUCGGAGGUACUAUGAGGUAUCUUAUCCCAUUCAAUAGUAUGCAAUAUAGUAUUUCAUGUGAUAG